AUGUUUAAUAAAUUAAAAAAACCAAUUAUUAAUAGUAAUAAUAAUCAAAAUAGUCAAAAUAAUAAAGAAAGUAUUAAUACAAGUGAAGAGAAAAGAGAGAGUAGUGGUAUUAAUGGUGUCGUUAAUAAUCUUUUUAAUAGAAAAACAGUACCAUUAAAUAAUAACCCAAAUGUAAAUGCAAAUAAUGUACAACCAAAACCAACUAUUUUAAGUCAAACUACAGAUGUAUCAUCAAUAUUAAAUUUUGAACCAUUAAGAGAACAAUAUAAAUUAAAUUUUAUUGAUGCAUUAGAUUUUAUAAGGAAUGAACAAUCAUUAAUUAAUAAUUUAAAUUUAAUUAAUAAUUCAACACCUCCAAAUUUAUCACCAAAUUUAUCAUCUCAAAAUAAUCAAAAUAAUAAUAAUCAAAAUAGUACAAAUUAUAAUAAUAUUUUAAAUAAUAAUAAUAUUAGUAGUAAUAAUAAUAAUAAUAAUAAUAAUAAUAAUAAUAAUAAUAAUAAUAAUAAUAAUAAUAAUAAUAAUAAUAAUUUAACAUCAUUAAUUAUUGAUUCAAAAAUUAUUGGAUUAAUGAAUUUAUUUUUAGAUCCAAUAUUUUUAAAACAAAAUGGUAUUGAUAAAAUUUAUGAAUUAAAAUCAGGUAAAUUAGAAACUGAAUCAAAGAACAUAAUUUAUUUAAUUAGACCAAAUGUAAAGUAUAUGAAUUUCAUAUCAGAACAUAUUAGAGGUCAUUUAUAUGAUUAUGUUAAAAAGAAUUAUUCAAUGAUUUAUAUACCAAAAGUAGAUCCAAUUUGUGAUUCAAUAUUAGAGGAACAAGGUGUUUAUGGUAAUUUUUCAACGAUUACAUCAAUGUCAAUGGAUUUAAUACCAUUGGAUAAUGAUGUACUAUCAUUUGAAUCACCAAAUUCCUAUAGAGAAUAUUUAAUGGAGAAUAAUAAAUCGAUUGCAUAUGAUAUAUCAAAAUCAGUAAUGAAACUUCAAUCGAUAUUUGGUUUAAUUCCAACAAUUAAAGGUAAAGGUAAAGUUUCAAAGCUAAUCGUUGAAACUCUAUCAAGACUUAGAAAUGAAAAACAAAGAGAUUUAAAUCAAAAUAAUCAAAAUUCAAUUAGAUCUUUAGAAAUUUCAAAAGAAAUUGAUUCAAUUAUGUUUAUUGAUCGUGAUAUUGAUUUAAUUACACCAUUAUGUACACCUCUAACAUAUGAAGGUUUAAUUGAUGAAUAUUUUUCAAUUAAUAAUAAUAUUUUAUUAAUUGAUAGUCAAAUUUUAAAUGAUAGUAUUUCAUCACAACAAAAUAAUAAUCAAAAUAAUAAUCAAAAUAAUAAAAGAAAUAAUAAUAAUAAUAGUGGAUCAAUGUAUUAUAAUAAAAAAUCAUCAUUUCCAUUACAUAGUGGUGAUAAAAUAUUUUCACAAGUUAGAGAUAUGAAUUUUUCAAGUUUAAUGGGACCAGGUGGUGUAUUAAAUUCAAAAGCUAAACAACAAUAUUAUGAUGAAAAGAAACAAUUAACUGGAUCAGAAAGUUUAACAGCAUUACGUGAUUUAAUGAAACGUGUAAACUCUAGUAAGCAAGAGGAAUUUUGUUUACAUGUUCAUGUUGGAAUUGCAGAGAAAAUUCAUGAAAUUACUGCAUCAACUUAUUUUCAAAAUAGAUUAGAUUGUGAACAAAAGUUAUUAUUAGGUUCAGAUGAUAUUUAUUUAGCCGAUAGAUAUAUUCAAGAAUGUAUCACUAUUAAAGAUCCAAUUUUAAAAGUACUUAGAUUAUUAUCAUUGUAUAGUUUAACUAAUAAUGGUUUACCAUUGAAUGAUUAUGAAUUCAUUAAAUCUAAAAUCAUCUCAAACUAUGGCAUAGAAUGGUUAAUUCAAUUAUCACAACUUGAAAAAGUUGGUCUUAUUCAAAUUAGAAAAUCAGAUUCAAAACCAAUUGGUAAUUUUCAACAAAUUAAAGAGGAUUUAAAUUUAAUAAUUGAUGAUGUCAAUGAAAUUGAUCCUUCUGAUUUCUCUUACGUUUACUCUGGUUAUGCUCCACUAUUAAUUAGAUUGGUUCAAUAUUCUUUACCAUCUUCUAAAACUGGUUGGAAAUCAAUUGAAAAUACUUUAAAAUUAUUACCUGGUCCAAUUUUUGAUGAAAAUCAAUUAUUCUUUUUAAAUAAUAAUAAUAAUAAUAAUGGUAGUGGUAUAGUUCAUUCUGGUUCUGCGCCUUCAAUUGCAUCACUUUCUUUAAAUAAUGAUGAAAAUGAAAAUUAUGAUUAUGAUGAUGAUAAUAAUAAUAAUCAUAAUAUAAAUAAUAAUAAUAAUAAUAAUAUAAAUAAUAUAAAUAAUAAUACAAAUAGUAAUAAUACACCAAUUUCGUCAAGUGGUUCUCCUGGUACAUUAAAUACUGAUGUUACAAAUAAUAGUAAUAAUAUAAAUUCAAUAGAAAAAUCAGGUGUUUCAAUGGUAUUUUUUGUUGGUGGUGUUACUUUUUCAGAAAUUUCAGCUUUAAGAUUUUUGGGUAAACAAACUAAUAAGAAGUUUAUUAUUUUAACAACAAAAUUAAUUAAUGGUGAUUCAUUGAUUCAAAGUUUUUUAGAUCCUCUUGGUUAA